ACGGCGCGGCGUGCGCUGAUCCGCGACCUGACGCUGCCAGCCGUGGCAAACAUGGUAAUCCCGCCGUCGCCGCCGGGCUCGCCCUCGUCGUCCGGCGAGUCAUCAGCAGCAGCGGCGCUGACGGCCCGGUUCGACGAGUUCCUGCGGCUCAAGCGCACGCGCGGCAAGCACUUCAACGAGCAGCUAGCGACGUCGAGCGCGAUGCGCAACCCGGCCCUGAUGGACAAGCUGCUCGAGUUUACGGGCGUGCCGACGACGACCGAGUCCGCGUCUGAGUCAACCACAGCCCAGUACGCCACCACGCUGCCACCCGCCCUGUGGGACCCCGCCGCGUUCCCCGCCUGGGCCUACCGCGGCCCGCUGAGGAAGGCCCAGGAGCGCGGCACCAAGGACCGCGAGCGGCCCCGCGGCGAGCCCCUCGACUUUGUCGCUGCUGGCGCACCCUCGUGGAGAGGCACGCCGGGUGGUGGUCCCGCCGCCGAAGGGGUCUCGUUCCCGACGGCUACGGGCAAGCGCAAGACGAGGUUCGACGUGUGAAGGAAAGGGAAGGAAAGGGAAACCAAGAUAUCUCGGCCCGGCCAUUUCUUCCCUAGCUGUCUGCGGACAUUGCUUUUUUUUUUGUGCAAGGACAUGAAAGCCCACCCAUUUCACAGGAAUUACGUCAUGCGUGUGCGCUCUGGCCAUGAGAUGGUAUGCUGCAUAUGGGACGGCAGAUCUGGCAACUCUUUUCCGUUUCUUUUCUUGUUCUCUGCUGUAAUGUACAAAGAUGUACCUGACUUGUGUACAAAAAUGUAAAAAAAAUGAUACCCCCUUUCAUGUUCGCAGCAUUGGUGCCUUGCCUGCAUCCCGAUGAUUGAGAACGGCGUCUAGCCACAUCAACUAACCGACUAUCGCGGAGCCAUGUACCAUACCUGCAUCCCAAUUCUUGUGAGCAGCGUCUAACUACCUCAUCUAAGUAUCGCGAAGCUAUGGGCAUGGAGCACGGAGAACGGAGCCACAGAGUUGGGGAGACACGGAGC